AUGCACGUCUUCCAACUGCUUCUAAGCUGCUCUAUCUUGAGUUUAGCCCUAGCCCGCCCCCAAUACGGCUAUGAACAACCACUGAGCAUUGGAGGUGAUAGUGGUCAGCUAAUCAGCAGCCCAAAUAACGGUCAAUUGUCGCUAGGUCUGCCGCUGGCGCAUCGUGGAGGCGACAAAUAUCUGCCACCAGCAGCUACAACACAGGCGCCAAUCAUCAAUAAGAAAUUCUAUCUAAUCUCGGCACCGGAAGAUCACAACAAUGACAACAAAGUAAAGCACUUGGUGCUGGGCAGGCCACAGAAAAAUUAUCGGGUCGUUUUCAUCAAGGCGCCGGCGGGUGAUAACGCCAAUGUGAAAUAUUCAGCUGAAUUUGCGCCACAGGAGGAGAAGACUGUUAUCUAUGUGCUGAGUAAGAAGGACAAUGAUGUGGAUGCCAAUGACAUCGCAACGCCGGCGCCUACACAGCCAAGCAAGCCAGAGGUCUUCUUUAUCAAAUACAAGACCGAUGAGGAGGCGCAACAGGCGCAAAAGGAGAUCCAAGGACAAUACGAUAAAUUGGGCGGCACCAGCGAAUUCCAGGAGGAGAGUAAUGCGCCAAUUACCUCAAUCAUUGGCUCUUUGGAUGGCCUCAAUCCCGAUGGUAGCUACAACUAUCGUCAGAUAAAUGGCGGAGGCAGAAUUGGUAAUCGUCCCGUCGCCCAGCCCAGCCCUCAAUAUUUGCCCAGUUCAUUAAAUCAUUAG